AUGAAGUGGAUUACAAAUCAAGAAGAAAGGGGAAAAUGCUUCAUGCAAGAAUCAAGACGAGAUAUGUUUAGUAUAACUAUUGAGCAUACACAUCUUGUAAAUGAUAUUGCGUAUCUCGACCAUACUUACUGUAUCAAAAAAUACAACUCCGACAAGGAAAACAAUGUUACCCUUUCAGAGAAAGACAUGUCAAUACAAGAGGAGAUUUACGAGAUUUUUGCAAGGUUAUUCGUAAAACCAUUGCUAAGAUUAUCAACUGCUUCCAAAGACCUUCACAGUUUCUUAUUUGAAAAUUAUUUCCAAGAAAAACAAUGUAAAAAAUCUCUCAACAAUGAAUCGGAGUCGUUAAUCAUACAAGAGGCUGCAUGGGCUAGAGGAAUGGAAACAAACUUAUGGUUCUGUUUCCUUCCUGAAGGACUCCCAUACUCUGCCAUUCCAAGUGAAUCGAUGAUGUGGCUGGAUUCACAUUGUGUUCGCCUCCUUUCAUCUAGAAAUGGUGUGGUGGUAGGCAUUACAGACAUUGAUGAUGGAUUGCCUAAGAUGUUUAUGUGCGACCCGGCUAUGAAAACAUUCACGUACAUUGAGUGGCAUGGUGAGCAAAAGGUAGCCCAUGAACUCUUUUAUUACGAAAGUGCUCAAGCUAGUUUAGUAUGUGGCUAUUCCUUUGGAAUGGAACUUAACGACCAUCCAUAUGAUUAUACGCUUCUUUUGUUCACCCAUCAUGAUGGUGAUGAGUCUGUUUCUGAUGGUUGGGGUACUGGAUAUGAUGUGCAUAUUUUAAAAGAGGGUAAGUUCAUUCUAAAAAGAAGUAAUUUUGUCACAAGAGGAAGAAGUGUGCUAUUGGAGGAAAUGUUGCCUUGCCGAGAUGGGGUCUACUUAAUAUCGGAUGGUGGGGAUUAUUUGGCUGAAAAUUCUUCCUCUUAUUUUCCUUACAUAAUCCGUUACGAUGUUGAGAAUGGAACCAAUGUGACCAUUGGAUUUCCUGUAGAAGUUCGGGAAACGUUCAAUAGUUAUUGGCCGUUCCGAAUUUUUGGAUGGGACCGUAACUUGGGGAAUUCUUUUUACGAAUCUAUAUGCCUUGCAAGUUACCGUAAUGACUUUCUUUCUAUUUGGCUGCUUACCUCUAGUGUUGAAGAACAAGCUGAUCAAUAUUCUUGGCGUGAACUCAUAAAUGUAAACGUUUUCCAGACUUGUGAUCAUCUAGAGUGGACAAACAUUUUUACCAUAGGUGACAAAUCACUAAUAUUUCUGUCAAAAAGGGAAAAUUUCAUAUACAGAUAUGUUCUCAAAGGGAAACGUCGUGGCCAUCUUGAACAAUUGUCAUUGAGCAGGCGUAAAUCAAACUGGGCGCACCGGUUUUACCUGUACUCCACCACCAUUCGUCCUUGUGCUAUUUAA